AUGGAUCGCCUUUCGAAGGCCCUUAAUGUUUUGCAGACAGCUAGGAAGUCAGACUAUGUCGUUACGUCCAGCAAAAAGAUGGGAGUUUACGAAAAAGAGCAUGCGGCUUUCUCAGAUAUCAAAGAUGUGCUCGUUCAGUCGGAACUCUGGAAGGAUCCGAGACACAACGGAGAGUUCAAUCGUGCGGUGAAAAUUUUGUUUGAAUACAUCAAUCAUCGGAAUAGUGACCUUCGCAUGUUAAGUGAACAAACAAUGGAUUCAGUUCUAAGGCGUUUGAUUAUCGACAUGAAUACUUCACGGGUUAUUGUUGUAUUGAUGUCGGAAAUUCGACGGAAUGGACCUUCACGAUCACUCGUUUUUGCGCUUUCGCGAUUGCUCCAUGCUUUAAAAUAUGUGAAAAUAAAUCGUACACGAGCUAUAGGAAUGCAUCUGAUUUCUGCUCUUCCAAAAAUCUUGAUUCGUCCAGAAGAAGUUGUACAGAGUGCUUUGGAAAGGUAUCUUCCUCCAGUUUUUGCAUUCCUUGGUUCGGAUUUUUCGACACAACCAAAUGAUAACGUAUUGAAGCUCUAUGAAGCAGCGCUUUCUAAUUUGGGGCUACCAGGUAUAACAAAUCGGGCAGCUGCUGUCGUUAUAAGUCAAUUGGCUACUUACAUUGAAGUUAUACGCAGAAAAGUUUUUCUACAUUUCCUCAAAGUGUUAUCUACAGCAAGUGAACAGCAUAAUAAAAAUCUGCUAGUUGGGACGUUGAAUUCAUUGCGUCUGCUGUGGCCUGUUUAUUUGUUGAAGAACAGCGAAUAUAAUUUGGAGAGUCUGCAAAGUAUGAUUCGUGACUCAUUACGCUGUCUUUUUUCACCUCACAAUGAAAUUGUGGUUGCUUCAUUGGAAUUUCUCGAAAAAGUGGUUUCAUCUCCGCUCACUGCCCUUAACGUAGAGUCAUUUUAUCCUCAACAAUUAUGCACUUUAAAAUCUGGUAUGGAAGAACAAGAUAUUGCUGUGCCGACAAGCUUGCCUUCUUCUCAUGCCACAAGCUGUUUGAGUUCACUGAGAGCUAGCCCUGUAAAUUUCUUUUUUGGUAGCGUAUCUUCUGAAGCAGUGGAUUUGGCUGACAACGAUGUUCAACCUUCAUUUAGCUUGCCUUUAAAUGCGGAUUCUUCUAUCUCAAAGAUGCAGAAUGAGAUGUGUUCGGAAGGUGGCGUGGAUGUUAUUGAUCCACUGAGGCAUUUAGAAAUAUCCGAUGAUUUAACCAAGUGUUCUAGUUCAUCAGAAGAAUCGUCACUUGAAUUUACAUCAAUGUCAUCUACUUCGAUAUCCGAAUAUUUGCCUGCAGACAUAUCAUUCGAUCCGUUCCUUACAUAUACAGCUGUGCUUCUGGCAAAACGAUUUUUGUUAAGUGGACAGUGCUUUAAAUUGCUGGCUGAUAGCGAAGUUCGUGUAAGCCACAAAAUUUUGGCAAUGUCUUGCUUGGGCAAUCUUGCUUUAUAUUUGCCAAAAUUUGCAGAUAUAACUCUUCAGCCAAAAGGUGGCUUGGGCACACAAACAUUGAAGGACCUUCAACUUUAUCUGAAUCACGAAGACGAUCAUUUAAAGGCCGCAGCAAUCACUGUGUUCGUAAAUGCUGAGAAAUGUCGUUUCCGAACUUUGGGUGAACAGUUUCAUGAACUUCGUUGCUCAUUUACUUCGUUUGUAUAUGAUGCGAUUCGUAUUCGUCGUGCUCACUGUAGUCGUUCAUUGCUCAUAGCUCUAAAAUCUGCGAAGAAAUUGGUUUAUCAAACUGGUAUUGUAUAUGAUGUUGCGAAAUUUGCUUGUGAAAAUUAUCGAAACAACUAUUUUUUGUUGCGGAUAGCUGUAGUGGAAUAUCUAGCAAACAUCGAGUGGGCGUUUGCAAACUCGCUUGGUACGCAUCUUCCUGAUGAAAUUUUUGAUAUAUAUAUGCAUUUGCUUGCUGAUGACGACCAACGAGUGAGGAAUGCUGCAGCAAAACAUCUUUCUUUAUUAAUUGAAAACGCGAACUACACUUCAACACCGCAUAACUUCGCAGUGGAUGAACCCCUUGAUUAUCUGUGCUCUGAUUUUCCAAAAAAUCCUCUGACUGUUGGCAUGAGUCCGUAUUACGAUUUCCUUCAGCAGCCAUUCAACUUUAUGACUGCGGGCAAUCUUUCUUGUGCACUUAGAAAAAUGUUCUAUAUUUUAGCAACAAGCGCGGACGAAAAACAACAGGCAGGCAUUGCUGCUGGACUGUUUCAACUGUUACGUUGUUUCAAGCCUAGGCAUUAUGCGCAAGCCUGGGGACUCGAAUCGAAUUUUGACAGUUCGAGGAUUGGUUUAAUUACUGCCCUAAUUUCGAAAUGUAAUUGUUGCUGCACAGAUAUGCAAACUUUCAUGCAGUUUCUGACUAUUGCAACACAUAUGACUGCAGGUUUAUACACAGUCGACAUUAUGAAAGCUGCCAGUAAAAGUAAUGAUAGAGUGCCAAAAUUUCCUAAAUAUUCCAUAUGUGAGCAACUUAUUCUAUUGCAGUUGAGGGUUAUUAAUUUGUAUUACUCUUUGAUAAUCGAUCGUCGGCAACAACUUGCUUGUUCUUUUUUGCGGCCUUCACCGCUUUCACCUGUUCGUAAAGCACUUCCCGUUAGCAGUAACAGUGUAGCAUCGUGGGAACAACGAAUUGCUGCGAUUUCAUCAUUUACUAGUAUUGGCAUCAAAAUGUCUAGAGAUACAAGCUUUCUGAAAUCCCCUAGUCUCGUUCAUUUCGCUGAUUCAUUGAAGGGUGGUUAUCUAAACUACAUGAAUACUUUGGCGUUUGAUACAUCUGAACGUUUCACAGCUCUGUUGAUUUCAGCACUAAAUUGUUUAACUUGUACAUUGGAAGUGAUGCGACUUUCACAGGUUACAGACAUUCUUGAAGAGAUUUUAUUGUAUUGUCAAACUAUUAUCGAGGUCGUCCCAGAUGAAAGUAUUCGAGUUGUAAUGCAGCUAUUUAAAAUAUUAUUUGGAAGUAAUGCUGCAAAUUUCUCGCUAGAUGCAUUGAGGAAUUUGAAAUUAAAUCAUGUUAAUCAGCCUAAAGAUCUCUUCGAGUUUUACAUGUUGAGAAGUGCAAAUUCUUUUACUGAAUUUGUUGUUAAUAUAAGUCGCAUUGAAUUUGGCGAAACACAGUUUAUAAGAUGUGCUGGUUGGUUGCAAAAGGACCUGAUUUCUAAAGAUGGUGUGCCAGCAAGCAUGGAAAUUACAUCACACGUGACUAUGUUUGAACCGCAUGUGUCAUUGGCAAUUCGCUUAUAUCAGUCAACAAAUUUAGUGGAUGUACAGUGCUCGGUAUUGGAUCUCUUAUGUGUACUUGUUCGAGGUGGAAUAAACUAUUCUAUGCUGGAUCCAGAAACUCGUUUACUUAAUUUCAUCAUUGAACAAGUGAAUGAGAUUUGUAUGCGGAAUUGGCCGGCUGCAAGUGCUGAGAAAUUGCUAAAUUCAGUAUUUAAUUAUUUCUUAUCGCUUUCUCACACUGAAAGUCGAGGACAAGUGAUCAUGGGAUUGGACAGAAUUCUCUCACUUGUGGAACUCUUAAUCAAGGCCUGUAAUAUACGACCAUAUCUGACUCUAUGUGCCCUAAAUUGCUUUCAAAUAGUAUUAAUUGAUUGCGUAAGCAUGCAACUUUCUUUCGAUGUCACAAUUCUGAAAAUAUUACAAACAACAAACCAAUUAGCAACAGUUUGUCCGACAAGAGUUCUUCAGCUCUGGGCUCUUGCUGCUCUCGGUUCCCAUAUUAACGGAGAUGCGCAGGGCUGGAUGAAAACAUCUUUAUCCCUGUUCGAAAGCUUGCAGCAGUUACAUGCAGAAAAUUGGGAUUACACUACAGCCUAUAACGCAGUCAUUUUAUUGCGGUCAUGUUGUUCCGCUGCCCGACAAAUGGAUUCUUUUUUCGAAAAAAUGAUCAGCAUUUUAGAAGAUGAUUUGCACUGUUUUUCUCGGCUAGUAAUUGUCCUUCCAUAUUUAUUCGUAUUCCUAUGUGUUUUGAAGGAAGGUUCAGCUUUUACAAGAAUCGAACAAAUAUGUGACUGUGCCGCUGAAAACAUUGGACGUUUGUUAAUGAUCUUACUUGGUCAGUGUCUGGAAGCUUUACGACGACUAACUUCUUUGGAUAGUAUUAAUGAAGAAAACAGUGAAAAUUUGGUGGUUUGGUAUCUUUUAAUUUUAUCUCACGCUGUUCGUUCAGGUAAUAUGGAAUCUAUCACAAAUACAUUUGAUGCCCAUUUUUCAAUGGAUUUCGCUGAUCUUCAGAACUUGUCAAUAUUUUAUCCGCGUAUUUACGCACAACUAUUUGCAUUUGUUGAUGCUGCUGGUUUUCAUAGGCAUAAGCAUUUGUUUUAUUCUUCCUCUUCAAAACAAUUAGGCGAUUUGUGCAUGGUAAUGCGAUGCCGAACAGCUGGCCCAGAUGGAGCUGGCAAUAUUGCACGUUUAUUUGAUUUUUGCUCUCCAGAUAUUUUGUUAACUAUCGUGGUGCGUAAGUGGCUUGCAUGUCAUAUAAGUGAUUUGGACAGUGAAAUGCAGAAAACUUUUCUCGAAAGUGUUAUCAAUCUCAGCAAAAGUUGUUAUUCUUAUGCUAUUGAUUUGGAUGUUAUCGAACUUAUCGCAUCUACUAAUGUCCCAGAUACAUCUAUUGCCAUCGAGUUUUUGAAAAAUAAGCUCGGUGAAUCUAGAGUACUGGACUGUUUAAUGGCUCUUCUUCGUGAUCAUCAGAGUAAAAAUGUUGCAUUGAAAACUUUACUGACACGCUUUAUGACAUCGGAACAAUUCUUUGCUGGCUUCUUAUUUAACUGCUCCAAAGAAACACCAAAAUUAAGUGACAAAGAGCACAGUCUACGAAUUGGUGACCCGUCACAGUUCACUGCAGAAGUUUUUGCUGAUAUACUUCAACAAAUUAUUGACAGGAAAAGUCAGUAUGAAUGCAAGAGAUACGAUGUAUUGUCUAGCUUUAUUGACAUAUUGGAUCAAUUUAAAAUUGCUAAGGAAUGUUCCGGUGAAUUGUACGACGAACUUUCCACUUCUUCUCUGCUAAAAAUUGAUGCAUUGUCGGCUUCAUUUGUUUCACUUGCAUUCGAUCCAUCCGUUAAUUCUUCUUUGCAGCUUUUUGUUCAAAGUAGAAUUGCAAAUAAACCUGGAAGUAUCACCUAUAAACAAGCAUCCGAUUGGGUGACCGAAAUUUCAUUAUUUGAUCACUGGAUACAACGUUAUGUCGAUUCUCUUGCUGCACAGAGUGGAUCAAGAAUAUCAGAAGUAGCGUGCGCAGUUGCUUUUGGAAUUUCUAGGCAUUCCUUUCGUGCAGCGAUUAACCAAGCUCAAAAUUCGAAGAAAAUUGUAGAGCAGCAGCUGUCUUUGGUUGUUGGCGUCGCUGGAUUGGUUCAAUGCGUUUUUGAGCAGUCUGUCAUGCUACCCUACCAGGGAUUACAAAAAUUGGGUGAUCCUUUUUGGAAUAUGAAAAUAAUCGAUCGGACUGGCAGGAAAGAUUUCGAUAUAGGUUUUUUUUCUGAUGCUAUAAGAACUGCCUUCGAUGUAACGCAAAGGAUUCAAAAAAUUUUUCGCAAGAAACGUCUUAAAACUCGCUUGUACUCUCAGUUGGAAAGGCUAGCAAAGGCCGUGUCGAGAUUACCAUUCUUGAAUGAUAUUUCAUGUAUACCACGAUCUGCAAUUUUGUGUGGUUGGAAACCAGAACCAGAAAUUCAUCGCACGUCGAUUUCGAUACCGACAGUGAAUAUUCACUACCUUGGGAAUGUAGACAUUUUGCAAGAUUUUGUGUGGCGAAUUUUAUGGGCUGGGUGGAAUCGCCGCUCAAAUUUUGAUAAUUUUUCUAUGUCUUUGUUUGGUGUAAUUUCGUCAACACCGUCUGGCUCUGAACUUGCGAAUGCUAACAUGAAUAUGACGGAGCAGCUUAUGGCAAGCACUGUGGCUAUUGAAGGUUUAACGAACCUAUUACUGGAAACAUUAUUGUAUCCGGAAAGAGGUGAUCCGGCUACGGGAAGGUUCAUUGUGAAACCACGUGAUAUGCCGUCAGAUUUUCUUUCGUCGUUAUAUGGGCAACGUUUAACUAUGCUUCAAGCGAAACUGUUGGGUGCUGCCGCGGUAGAUUCGAUGCAUAAAAAAAACUUAGAAAUUUUAAAUGAUCGAAGGGAAAAGUAUCGCCCAGGACAGUUUUCGGUGCUUACGUCAUGGAAUAUGGCUGGUGUUCUGGAUCAAGAGCGCAAUUUAUACAAAGAUAUCACGCACAUCAGUAGUCAAUCGAAAGAACGGUUACCUUCAUCAGACAGCAGCUAUUUACUGAAUAGUGGCCACGACACUACGUACGAAUCGUGUUUGCGGAUGCUUUUUGAUACUUAUUCACACUGGUUUCGUGCUGGUAUAGAUGCUGUCCCAUUACCUCUUCUAUCAACAACUGUUAAGUCGAUGUCUUUGUUGUCUGAUUUGUUUACGGAAAUGGAUCAGUAUCGUUUUGUGUUUGGACAUAUGAAAACAUUAUUUUCGAUUCGUUCAUAUCUAGAUAAUGUGGACAUUGGCAAUAUCAUCUAUUCACUACUGAAAUGCGUUUCGAUCCUUGGCAUUGAAGAUUCGUUCAUACCCAAGGUUGAUGCACAAAAAAUAGUUCUAACGUGGAUUGAAACUGGCCUUACUUCGGAAUUUACUGAAAUCCGGAUCAGAACAUUGCAAGGAUGUCUAUUCCUACUACAAGCAAUUGGUUUUGAUGAGUUAAAGACUGUGUUGCUUUUCUUGGAAUCAUUUCUAAUGAAUUAUUCGCAGAUGAGUGGUUGCGGGCUACACGAAUAUGAAACGACAUUGUGGACUGUAAGAUUUUUCUUUUUCGACAACCCUUCUUAUUGCUCAGACAAUUCACGGACGGCAUUUAUCAAUAUGAUAUGUGAAAAAUUUGUCGCAGUUGCAACCCCUGGUUGGUUGAUGAAUUUAAUGUCUGUGGGUAUUGAAAAACUAAUCGUUGGUUCUCGAAUAUAUGUACUAACCUUCAGUCGUGUUGCCGUUCAAGCACUGGAAAAUUAUUUCCAUGCACCACAAAAAUUUUUAUAUGCACUUCGCAUCUUUAUUGCAUGCUUAUAUCGAGGCUUAGAAGAAGGAAGAGUACAUCAUUUGGGUACUCAGCCGUACGAUCCACGUAUUCAUCUUAUGGAACAACAUGGAAUGAUAUUCAGGAUACUUGCGGAAGGUACUGAGGAUGAUGCAUCACAGUUAAUGAAGGUAUUACCAUAUUUAUUAAUAGAUUCUUUGAAUCAAAGUGAGCUUAUAAACAGCAUUCUGAAAGAACUAAUUCACCGAUAUACCGGUCUCCCUCAUCCACGUUCUGCUGCCAUCUUUAGAAUUAUUCACCAUACUUUGCAGUGGUUUAUCGUACUGCAUAGCCGUGAAACUGAGGAUGUUGUAUUGGAAUGGACUCUAAAUGGUUUAGAUUCUUUCAAGUAUGUAGUCGAUCCUACAUUAUUCCGAUUUUACACCAGUGCAUUUCUAUGUUCAUCAUCACCGAAUCCGUGCAUUGCCAAUUUGUUUUAUCUUGUCAUUGGACGUGCAUCAAAUUUAGCUUGGAUCGAUGACAUCUUGUUUGAAUUUUCAGUGCGAUCUUUGCUUUUACGGAUGGAGAAGGAUGCAAGAAAUGGGUUAAAAGUGUUAAUGGAGACGUUUGUAUUAGAUGGAAAAACAUGCCGAGAUCCACGAAGAAUAGCCUCUUUCCCACAACUGUAA